GAAGCCCAAAAAAUGUCUCUAAUCUAGGGUUUCUCAAAUAAAAAGCAAACCUUUACUCUCACCUUAUUGUUCCAAAUCCCGAAAGAAGAAUUUUAGCAGUUUUUUUCCUUCUAAGUAAACCAUGAAGCAUAAUAAUGUUAUCCCCAACGGUCACUAUAAGAAGCACUGGCAAAACUAUGUAAAGACUUGGUUUAACCAACCUGCUCGCAAAACAAGGAGACGCAAUGCUAGGCAGAAUAAAGCUGCAACAAUCUUCCCUAGGCCAACAGCGGGAUCCCUCCGACCUAUUGUUCAUGGACAAACACUAAAAUACAACAUGAAAGUCAGAGCUGGCAGGGGAUUUUCUCUAGAAGAGCUGAAAGCUGCUGGUAUUCCCAAGAAACUUGCUCCAACUAUAGGCAUUGCUGUGGAUCACAGGCGCAGGAACAGAUCCCUAGAAGGUCUUCAGACCAAUGUCCAGAGGCUCAAGACAUACAAAGCUAAGCUUGUCAUCUUCCCAAGGCACUCUAAGAAAGUCAAGGCUGGUGAUUCUAGUGCUGAGGAACUUGCCAAUGCCACUCAAGUCCAGGGUCCUUACUUGCCUAUUGUUAGAGAGCAGCCAGCUGUUGAGCUUGUUAAGGUCACAGAUGAAAUGAAAUCAUUCAAUGCUUAUGGCAAGCUGCGUAUUGAGCGUACUAAUGCUCGUCAUGUCGGCGUGAGGUUGAAGAGAGCGGCUGAAGCACAGAAGGAAGAGAAGAAAUAAGACAUUAUAGUCUUAUAGCAUUUGCUAUUUUUUGGUUGAGUCUAUUGUUUCAAGAAUUUACUUUUUUUGUACUUGUUGGAAGUCUGUUAUGCUCUAGUCAGGCUAUAACUCCCAUAGUAGUAUCCUUAAAGCGUAAGUUGUGGUUAUUUUAUUGCUCUUGAUGUUUUUUGUUCUAGCUCUGCACUGAUAAUUAUCCAAAUAGAGGUAUGUUUUAUACGUU